AUGAGCCUGACAGCGCUAGCAAACGGAACAUACACAAUCUCCUCACUGGUGGGGUCCGAUAUCUUCUACCUCCAAUUCCGAGAUAGCGCACCCGGUUCAAGACUUCGUGGUCGACCUUACUCCGGGGAUGACUCCCAGCACUGGGAAAUCAGAACCUCCGAACUCCCAAACCAAUAUACGAUCCUCAACGCGCUCUAUCGCGUGCAUGUCACGUAUCCUCAGGCUCCACCGGCCGAAGGAGAGUUUCCAACGCUCGAAUCUGGAUCAGCACCACAAAAGUGGUUCAUCUUCUCCUCCCAAAAUGGCUAUACGAUAUCAGAUAAUGCGAACAGGACAUCCGUAUGGAACAUCGCAGGAGGUGCAAUCGUCGACCACGCCAACAUCAUCCUCUACGACUACCACGAAUUCGCCGAAAACGAGCUCUGGAACAUCGUACCACGGGGUUCCAAUACCACAAGCGAAGGUCCAGCAACAGUUACGGUCUUCAAACCGCUCACCCGCCUGGCCCCGCGUACAAGCACGUCAUCCGCAUUGCAAAGCCCUAGCCCUCCCACGGAUACCGCCAGUAACGAGACCGAGAUCAGUGGGGCGCUCGCAGUGCGGGGCUGGGGAUUUACAAUGGUCCUUAGUGUUGUGAUUUCGAUACUUUAUACUGCUAUGGGGCCCAUCGUGGUUUGA